UCUCUGCUAAGAACUCUUCUUCUAUUACGAGAGAGAUGACUCUCCCCUUCUCCGGAAGAACAAACUGCAACCUUGAUCUCAUGCUUCCCACCGCCGGCAUGGACUCUCCUCAGACUACAAUGGAUUCCGGCAACAACUCUAGCAGAUCAGCUGAGACCUCGCAGCAACGACUCACCAUUUUCUACAACGGCCGAGUUUGUGUAUGCGAUGUUACCGAACUUCAGGCUAGAUCUAUCAUAUGGUUGGCAAGACGAGAAAUGGAAGAUCGGAUGAACUUGGAGCCAAUUUCGCCAUUACAAUCUCAGCUUCGAAACCCAACCAGUCUGUCAAUGAAGAGAUCGCUGCAACAGUUUCUCCAAAAGCGAAAGAAUCGAAUACAAGCUGCUGCUUCACCUUAUAACAAGAAACAGAAGAAUAAGGAUGAUAUCUUCCCCUUCAAUGUUAUGAGUAAGAGAUGAAAAAUGAGGCAAGGAAAACUCUUU